GGCUCAGCCCGACUAAACACCUGGAAAGUCUCGCGAUAGAAGCAGGUCGAGGGCUGCGCCUGCUUCCGCAGUUAACACCGGAGAGUCCGCAGCCCUCACGGUGGGAGGGGGUGGCCUUGUCGCUCAGCUGAGGUCCCCGCAGGAGAGGCUGGGAGUUGAGGGGUCCGGUUCGCAGAAAACGAGGUUUCAGUCACUGGCUGCGGUAUUGGGAGUAAGGGCAUCAUGUUUGAUCAGCGAUUGAGCAUCUCUAGCGGUCCGUAAUUUUCGGUCUUUGGUUAGUAAUUAAGCGGGCCUGCCCCAAAUCACGAUUGCCGCCCGGUAUAGGUUGGUAUUUAGUGAUGCUGCUGAUAGUAGUGGACUCUGAGGAGGGUCAGCGACUGAUUGGGAAUUUGUGGGACUAGUGAUGGAGCGUGUCUUUGUGAUUCUGAGUCCCUCGGGUUGGGGUCACAUAGAAAUCAAUGAUUGGGCCCUGAAGACAGAUAUCCGUCUUUAGGGUUAUGUUAGGUCAAUGUGUGGGGGGCUGUAUUGGGCAGCUGUUAGGAGCUUGUGUGAUAGCUUAGGGAGCAGAUGGUUUGCGACUAGUGAUUGGGGCUCCAGCCCUGAAUUGUAACGGUUUGCAUUCAGGCUGCAUUCCACACGCAUAUUGUGCUGGGUUUUCUUGCAUGGGUUUAUGCCUGUAAGGAUGUGAGGGUCAGGGAGAGUUCCCAUCCUUCCCCCAAAGGUUUUGUUUCCACUCUUGGAUCUAUCUGGUCAAUAGACUUGAGGCAGUUUAUAUUCUCUGCUACUGUCUUGUAGCUAGCUAAGUACUUCAAGCCAAAGCCUCUCAAAAACCCUCUCUCAAAGCUCCUUUGCUUUCUCCCUGUCUUCUUUCAAUGCAUGUGCUCUCUCUGGACAGUUUCAACCACACUCAUUGCAUCACCUUCCACCUUGAAAGCCAUGACUUGCCAAUCUAUAGCACCAGCCUAGACAUUUCUAAUAAGCUCCAGAUUCACAGUAGCCAGCUGUCUCCUACACAUCUCUGUGGGGUUCACUCACAGAACCUCAAUCUUAACAUGAUAGAAAUAGAAUAUAUCUUCUUAGUUCUCCAUACUUCACCUGCUCAUCCUACUAUGUUCAUCAUCAUGAAGAGUCACCCUUACUUCAGAUGGCCAUAGUAAAAAUCCUGUAGACAUCUAGUUUUCUCCCCAGCCUUCUUCUCCCCAUGUCCAAUCAAUCUUCUGAUCAUGGUGAUUUAGCCUCCCUGACAUCUCUCGAGUUUGUCCUCCCCAUUCCCACUGCUGUGGUCCUAGUUCAGACUGCCUCUUCCCUUGCCCUAAAUUUGUAUCAGGAAGCCCUUGUAGCAGAGUGUUGCAAACUAAGGGAAAGUCAGAGGAAGGAAUGGCUGAUUCUAUCCAGGAAAGGCUUUUUAGAGGAGGUGACAUUUGAACUGAGCCUAUACAUUUGAAGUGGUCCUGUAAGUCUAUUGAUGACAGUGACUGUUACGGCUUAUUAAAUGUAUCAAGCUAGUGAAUUGUGCCCUUUAGGACUUCAUUGAUAAGAGUUUGGGUUAAGAGGUCAGUAGGACAAUAGCUGCUAAAAAUAACAAUCUUUUUUUUUUUAAUUUAAAAAGCAGCCGUUUAUUUUAGAAAAACUGGAAAAUGAAAAUGCUAAAUACAAGCCAAUAGAAAUCACUUUUAAUCCUACCACCAAAGGAUAAAUAUCUAAUUAUAGAUUUAUGGGGCCAAAGGAGGAGGAGAAACUUUUUAAAUGUAUAAAGGAAUACACAUUCACAAAGGUAAAACAUACCAUGACCUGACCUUUUCAGAACUGUAAGUUAAUAAGUUGAUGUUAUCACAGCAUAAUCUUUUGUGGUCUCUCUGAAAGACACUUUUGAAAGGGGCAGGAAUUCACAGGGCAGGCCCAGACUCUUAAGGUGGUCUUCUUUUUCUCCCCUCCCUGCUCAUCCCAGCUCUGUCUUUACAAGAUACCUGUGCCUUCUGAAGAGCAACAGAAAAUGACCAAGUCUCAGGUUGAGACCCUCAAAGUGUAUAUCAAAUUGAACAGGAACGUCCUGUACAGAGAUUUGUGUCAUUCAAGGAUGUGACUGUGGACUUCACUUGGGAGGAGUGGCAACAGCUGGAUUCUGCUCAAAGAAACCUAUACAGGGAUGUGAUGCUGGAGAACUAUAGCAACCUUGUCUCAGUGGGGUAUCAGUAUCUGAAGUCAGAUGUAGUCUUAUUGAAGCAAGGAGAACCAUGGAUGGAGGGGGGAGAAAUCUCAAAUUGGGCCUAUCCAGACUUUGAAACUGGAAUGAAAGAAUUAACACAGAAGAGCAUUUCUGAAGAAGUGGUACUCUAUAACAUGAUUGUAUACUCAACCUUUGAAGACUGGAAACUUGAAGAUGAGAUAAAUCACCAGGAAAACCAGGACAAUUUUUUGAACCAAGUUGCAUUCAUUAACAAUAAGCCCCUGACUGAGCAGAUAGAUUGUGAAUGUAACAGUGCACUGGGGAAAGGAAUUCAUCUGAACAGAACAUCUAGUGAACACAACAGAGCCUUCAUGCAAAAGCCACACCUUUUUGCACAGCCGAAAAUUCUAACCAGUGAGAAAUCAUAUAAAUGUGUUCAGUGUAGAAAAGCCUUCAGUGGAAAGUCGGGACUUAUUGUACAUCAGAGAAUUCAUACUGGAGAGAAACCAUACAAAUGUAAUGAAUGUGAAAAAGCCUUUAUUCAGAAGUCACAACUCACUGUACAUCAGAGAACUCAUACAGGAGAGAAACCCUAUGAAUGUAAUGAAUGUGGGAAAGCAUUCAUCCAGAAGUCAAACCUCAUUAUUCAUCAGAGGAUUCACACAGGGGAAAAACCAUAUGAAUGCAAUGAAUGUGGGAAAGCUUUCAUCAAGAAAUCAACACUUAGUGUUCAUCAAAGAGCUCAUACUGGGGAGAAACCAUAUGAAUGUAGUGACUGUGGGAAAGCCUUCAUCUGGCAGUCACAGCUCAUUGUACAUCAGAGAAUUCAUACUGGGGAGAAACCCCAUGGAUGUAAUGAAUGUGGAAAAGCCUUCAACAGGAAGUCAGAACUAAGUGUACAUCACAGAAUUCACACUGGAGAGAAACCCUUUGAGUGUAAUGAAUGUAAAAAAGCCUUCAUUCAAAAGUCAGAUCUAAUUGUACAUCAGAGAACUCACACUGGGGACAAAAGGUAUCAAUGCAAUGAUUGUGGGAAAGCCUUCAUCCGGAGCUCACAGUUCAUUGAACAUCAGAGAAUUCAUACUGGGGAGAAACCCUAUGAAUGCAGUGAAUGCAGAAAAGCUUUUAUCCAGAAAUCACAACUCAUUGUGCAUCAAAGAAUCCAUACUGGGAUGAAGCCAUAUGAAUGCAUUGAGUGUGGAAAAGCCUUUAGUAAGAAGUCACACCUCACUGUGCAUCAUAGAAUACACACUGGAGAAAAACCCUAUGCAUGUAGUAAUUGUAGAAAAGCUUUCAGCAAGAAAUCUACUCUCAUUGUUCAUCAGAGAAUUCAUAUUGAACACAAAUCCUUUUAAUGGAAUGAGAAAACUUUGAUUCAGCGAUCAAAGUUUCAUCACACAUCCUAGAAUUCAUUAAGCCUAAAAAUUCUAUGAAUGUACUAAACUUGAGGAGCCUUCAACAAUAGCUCCCAAACUAUUAAGCACCAAAAAUAAAUACCAAGAAGCAACUUUGAGAAAUCAUGUUUCCAAAAAAAAAUUACAUUGGACAUCUUGGUUCAGGCCUGAUAGUAAAAGUUUUUUUUUAAGUAUGAUAGAAAAAUCUCAACCACAUGUGAUUGACUUGUUCACUGUGUAGUACAAGUUUUUUUAAAUGAGUGAGUAUAGUUGGCAUUUGAGCAACAUGGGUUAGGGGCACCAUUGCCCUAUGCAGUUGAAAAUUCAUGUGUAACUUAACUCUCCAAAAACUUAACUAAUAAAUAGCCUCCUACUAUUGACUGGAAACCUUACUGGUAACAUAACCAUUGAUUAACACGUUUUUAUAUUAUAUGUAUCAUAUAUUGUAUUCUUACAAUUAAGUAAGCUAUAAAAAGAAAAUGUUAUUAAAAAGUCAUAAGGGGGUGCCUAUGGGGCUCAGUCAGUGGAGCAUGCGACUCUUAAUCUUGGGGUUGUGAGUUAGAGCCCCACAUUAGAUGUAGAGAUUAUUUAAAAAUCUUUUUAAAAAGUCAUAAGGAAGAGAAAAUACAUGUAUAGUAUUGUACUGUAUUUAUAAAAAAAAUCCAAGGACCCUCAUAGUUCAAACCUGUAUUGUUGAAGGGCCACCUUCAAAUUGAUUAAUCAGGACAACAAAAUGACAACUAUAUGUGAUUAUCCUACAAAUCAUGUAGGAAUGGCAUACAUAACCCAAAUUAUCUGUCAUUUGGAAAUGGCUAUGGAUAUUCAUGCCUGCUUUACUUUCCACACUAAAUGACACCAUUUUCCCCACAUCUUAAAAAAUGUAAAAGGAUACAUUGUAACUAAAUUACAACUAGCUCUUCCCCCCACUCUUUCUUGAUGUGUAUAGAAUUACGAGAAGAUGAAACCAGUGUUAUUUAUAAAGACAUCAAAAGUUUGGUGUCUUUGAUACUUUUAUACUUUUGAAAAUAUUGCUUGAUGUAAAGCAUUCAGAAGUAAGAGAUACAUCAAACAACAGCCAAAGCAAGUAGUGGAUGUAGACAAUGUUGGCAUACUCAACAUAUGACAAAAAUUGUUCUACACAAAGGAAUUCCUCCUGUUCAUAGCCCUUUUUCAGCUCAUGGUAUUUACAUGCAUACUCUUAUGCAUAUCUUGAGAUCUUUAUAUCCUUGUGAUUAUCAGAAGUGAAUUUUUUAAAAGCCUUCUAGAUUGGAUAUUUCUACCACACUUUCUGCUAAGUAAUUUUACAUGUACUUUCUCAUUUAAUCCCUUCAGCAAAUGCAUGAAACUGAGCUUAUCACCAUUUUAUAGGUGAGGCAAGCCUAGAGAAGUUUCUUGACCUGGCUAAACCCAUGUGGCUAAUAAGUGGAAGGUUGGGAUUCAGAUCAACCUCUUAGCCUCCACACAAUUCUGUCCCACUGGAGACAUGGAGGAGUUGGUGUCAUGUCACUUCAGCUCGACAGAAUUUAAAUGAACUUGACAUAAUAUGGUAUUCUGUAUCCUGUCCCUACAUCAUGCUAAAUAAAUUAACAAGAAACAUGCAUUUUAAAAACUGUUUAUUUAUUUUGACAGAGAGAAAUAGAGAGCAAGCAGGGGAGGGGCAGAGAGAGAAUCCCAAGCAGGCUCUGCACUGACGGUACAGAGCUUGACACGGGGCUCAAACCCACAAACCUUGAGAUCAUGACCUAAGUUGAAAUCAAGAGUUAGACACUUAACUGACUGAGCCACCCAGUUGCUCCAAGAAACAUGCAUUUUGAAGGGACUAUUAAAUUGUAGUUUCUUAUAUGUAGAAGCUCUUGGAGAUACAUUUUGAGGGGUAUCUAUUUUGCUGCCCUAUAUGUUUUCUUGUGACCAGCCUGAACAUAGAAAUAAUACUAUUAUUUUAUAGUUUGUUUGCAAAUUAAGUCUUUGUUUUGUUGAGUUGUCAUUUUAUCAUAAAUAACUUUUCUUAGAAAUUCUAUUAUCCAAGGCAUCCUUUCCUUUUAGUUUUUAUUAUUUUAUUUUAUUUUUAAGUGUUUUAUUUAUCUUUGAGAGAGAAAGCACACAUAGGGAAGGGGCAGAGACAGAAGGGGACAGAGGAUCCGAAGCAGGCUCUGCACUGAGAGCAGUGAGCCAGAUGCAGGGCUUGAGCUCACAAACCAUGAGAUCAUGACCUGAGCCGAAGUAGGGCACUCAACCAGCUGAGCCACCCAAGCACCCUGGCAUUCUUUCCUUUUAAAGAACAAUAACUUCAUAUAAGUUGUAAAUAUUGUUGUCAAGUAAUAUUAUGAAAAGAGAGGUUCAUAUCAAAAACCUUUCAGCCUUUCCCUAAAAUGAAGGUGGAGCUGAUAUUGAGCUUGAUCCUAAGUUUUUGUUUUGUUUUGUCAGAGAGAGAGAGAGAGAGAGAGAGAGAGAGAGAGAGAGAGAGUGUACAUAUGUGGAAGCUGGGUAGGAGCAGAGGAGGAAGGAGAAUCUGAAGCAGCCUCCACAGCCAGCACAGAGCCUGAUGUGAGGCUCCAUCUCAUGACUGAUAUCAUGACCUGAGCUGAAAUCAAGAGUCGGAUACUUAACCAACUGAGCCACCCAGGGUCCCUGAUCCUAAAUUUUUAUCAAAUAUUUUUUCUUAGAUUUUAAAUUAAAAGUAAUAUUUUAAAAUAGGAAGUGUCAAUAAUAGUCAUGAUUUUUACUGUAGAUUUUAACUUUGCAGUAAUGGUUUUAAACUAAUAAGUGAAUUGCAGUCAUGUAAUUCUUUAUUAGUCAUUUUUUAUUAGUCACUUUUGAAGAUAAAUACCGGGGGUGCCUGGGUGGUUCAGUUGGUUGAGUGUCCAACUUCGGCUCAGGUCAUGAUCUUCACAGUUUGUGAGUUCAAGCCCUGCAUCAGGCUCUGUGCUGACAGCUCAGAGCCUGGAGCCUGCUUCGAAUUCUCUCUCUCUCUCCCUCUCUGCUCCUCCCCCACUCAUGCUCUCUCUGUCUCUCCUUCAAAAAUUAAAUAAUUAAUUAAUUAAUUUAAAAAAAGAAUAUUAAAGAUAAAUACUGAGUUGGGAUGUAAAUGUAUGAAAUUGAUUUUCUAAACAAAUAUCAGGAACUAAAAUAUUCACAUGUAUCUUGCCCUUCAAUGUUUGCAUCUUGGAAACUAUAUGAUAAUGCCACUUAUGCAGUUAUGCCAAUCAUUUAUGGAAUUCCUCUCUCUUAGAACUUCUCUCAGAUCCAGCUUGCCUGUUAGGCCUCAUAUGGAACUAUGUAGUAUUUUCAGAGACCCUUCAUUCAUUAGAAUACAUUGUUUUUCUAGCCCUUCUCCCUCCUCACUAUCAUCCCAUUAAUUCUGUAUAUGACUUCAGCAAGAAGAAAGCUUGUGCCCCUUCUAUAGGCAUUUCAAGUCUCAGACCCUUAGAAGAUUCAGUAUCUCUAUUUUCAAUGUCUUGUCUUCUAUUUAAUGGUUUCCUUUACAUAGCUACCAUCACCAUGAGCAUAAAAUAGGUAGGAAAUUCUUACAGUUUUUUUUUUUUAACUUUCCUCCUGUAUUUUGACAUCUGAGCCUAUUGUAUUCUCUUUAAAUGGAUACUUCAUACUGCCUCCUUUCUACUUCAGUAGUAUUACUUAGGUAUUUUUUGGGCACUAUGAAUUAGGUACUAGUGUCUUCAACAACUGGAAUUUAAGGGAUUACACAGGACACCACGAUUCAUACCCAGGGACUCUGAAACAUUAUACUGUACAUAAACUCACAGAUAUUUCAGAGUUUCCAGGCAGAGUUAAAAGUUGAAACAAAUGGGAGCACCUGGGUGGCUCAGUUGGUUAAGUGUCCGAUUCUUGAUUUUGGCUCAGGUCAUGAUCUGGAGUUGUAAGAUUGGGACCCACAUUAGGCUCCAUGCGGAGCCCCCUUAAGAUUCUCUCUCACUCUCCCUUUGCCCCUCUCUGCCACUUGAGCUCGCUCUCUCUCUCAAAAAAAAAAAAAAAAUUAAACAAAUGGAACUACUCUAGUAAUGCCGAAAAUAUGGUUUAAAAUGGUUUGCAAAUUAAAGAAUUGCAAUGUUUACAUGCUUGCUGUUGAGAUUUACUUGAAGCUAUGUAUGCUGAUGGUCACCCAAAUGCUUAGAUACUAUGUUUAUUUCAACUUCAAAAUGUUGUCACAGUUGCACACUUCACAGUCGAAUCUCCCAUAUUUUAGACAUUCUUAGAGUAUAACAGAUCAAAAUGGUAUUAUGCAAGUGUGUGAGUGGGUAUGGUUAGGAUGGGAGGGAGGCACACCAUGGGUUUUUCUGAAAAGGUGGAGAAAAUCAAAUUUCCAUUUGUUAGCCUAAGUAGAGAUGAAUCACAAGAAAAAAUAAAAAAAGUUAAAUGAUAUUGAAAUGAAAAUAAAAUAUAUCAAAGUAUUGGAAAUGCCACUAAACCAGAGCUUGGAGUAAAAUUUAUAGUGUCAAAUGUUUUACUAGAAAAGAAGAAAUGUGUAAAAUUAAUUAGUCAAGCUUCCUUCUUAUGAAGAUAUGAACAAAUGAAACCCCAAAUACUGUUAAUUUUCCAAAUUAUUUUGGCUCUUGCAUUUCCAUCUCUGUUUUACACUUUUGUGUGUUUUCUAACCCAUUAAAAAUAUAAAAAUACA